AUGAUCGACGACCGGCUCAAUUUCAAUAGCCACGUUGAUUAUGCUUGCGAGAAGGCAACUAAAGCGAUCACAGCUUUGACCAGAAUCAUGUCAAACAGUUCCGCGAUUAGUAGCAGUAAGAGAAGACUCCUGGCCAGCGUAUCUACGUCAAUCCUCAGAUACGGAGCUCCUGUCUGGGCGGCUGGUGAAAUCACGAGAAGGAACCUUACUCGGCUCAAUAGCACCUAUAGGCUGAUGGCCAUGAGAGUGGCAAGUGCAUACCGUACCAUAUCGAUGGAUGCGGUCUGUGCCAUAGUAGGAAUGACCCCCAUAAACAUCUUAUUGGAGGAGGACUGUGAGUGCUACAGACUGCGAGGAACGGUUGGUGCUCGCAUGAUUGCGAGAGCCGAUUCGAUGAGGAAGUGGCAGCUGGCUUGGGACAGUAGUUCGAAAGGAAGGUGGACAUAUCGGCUCAUUCCGAACCUGUCGCUGUGGGUGGACAGAAAACACGGGGAAAUCAAGCUUCUAGUGACAAGCAUUAAGUCCGCCGUAAAAGCAGCCGAACACGAACAGAUCGCGCUGAAAAAGAAAGCCGAAGCAGCUGAAAAGGUGCUGAAAGAUGCGGCGGAGCAUACAGCAGUUGAGACACAGCAGGCACCUAAAAGUCCCCGAAUCACUCGCACGGAAAAGCGAGGAAGGGAUUCGCCUGGAGAGCAGGAAGGCACGAAAAAGCAACGGAACGUGCAAGACUUUGCCAGCGUGCGGAAGGAACGUGUCAAGGAUGAGACCAGGCAGUCAGAGAUUGAGGCGCUGAAGGCUGAAAUUGAGCAGCAAGGCAUUGAUGACAUCGGGAACAGUAGUAAAUUUACUAUCCCCGAUCCCAUCAAGAACCUAUCGGAGUUUUCCGGUAAGUUCCACGCGAACGAAGUAGACGUAGAUAACGAUGACGACGACGAUGAGGAUGACAAUGUGCAAGAAACGUAUGAGAAACUUGACAAAACUUUCAAUUCACUAUUAGAUAACGAGCUGAAUUUGGAAAAAGUAACAUUCGAUAGUUUAGACUCUUUGAAUUUUAUAUUUAAGAUUGAUGAAUUAUUAUACUAUUUAGAGAUAAUUGAAGAAUCUAUAACACUAGCCGGACAGAGCAUCCCAAGCAGCCGCAUCAUCCACCCUGAAGAACUUUCGGUUAUUCGCCAUACCCUCAACGAUAACGGUUUUCGAUUGAACUCGGUCGACGAUAUGUUGAACAUUGCUAGCGCGUACGCAGUAUAUAACAACGAGAUGUUCAUGUAUAUACUCAAAAUACCAAAAAUCAAGGAUGUGCAAUACAAAAUUGGUUUGAUUGAACCCGUAAUUGCCAAUAAUUUACGAAUUCAUCUCACGGCACAAUUUUAUAUUGAAGGGAAGAACGUAUUUAUGAAAAAAAAAAACCCGUGUCCAAAGAUGAAAGAUCUCUCUAUAUGUUCCUCCAGCAACUUGGAACCGCCUACGGAGUGCAUUCAACAAUUAGUUUCAGGACAACACACAGCCAAAUGUCCUAUGGAACGAAUUUACGAAGCUAAAACUAUUCGUAAAAUCACAGAAGGCAACAUCAUGGUUACAGGAUCCAACAUUACACUUUCAUCAAAUUGUUCAUCCGAACGAUUACUCAAUGGGUCAUUCCUCAUACAAUACUCCAAUUGUACUGUGAAGCUGGACGACGAGGAGUAUGCUAACUCCGACAUGGAAAUUCAACCAUUCAUCCCUACCACAGGAAUUAAGGUCAGUCCAACUAUACUGAUAAACAAUAUCCCGUUACAGUAUCUGCAAGAGAUGCAUUUAGAACACAGAAACCAGAUAGAUCAUCUCAACUUAACUACGAACAAUCUGCAUUGGAAACUACAUAUGUUUGGAUGGUUAACCUCAUUAUCAACAACAGUUAUAAUCAUAUGUAUCCUGGGUCUGUACAUAGCCAUCAUCUUUAAAAUAUUUAGUUGGAGAAAACAUCUCACACUUAACACAAAAGAAGAUAUUCAUAUCAAUUUCAGCCUAGCAACUGAUGGAUGUCCCGAGUCAAGAGAUAUACCACUUAUCCCACAGCAAUAG